CAUAAAUUUGUUUGCCCUUUCAGAUUUUUUUUUUUAUACUAAAGAUAAAUCUCACCUCCCUUUCCCGAUAGAAACAAGCAUAAAGGGUUGACCUUUUGAUUUGUGUGAUUGGCUCAAACUUGGUCCGAAGAGGCAGAUUCCAAACUACUAGAGUACUUAUUUGUGAAUCUCGAAGACUUGAUCUCCGUUGCUUUAUUCUGUCAAGGGAGCAAAGAACAAGAAGCUGGGAAGAGAAGGAAAAAACCAAAGAGAUGAAUCAGAACUGGAGCGCUUUUCUGAUUGGUAUAGUGGGUACAACCAUCACCUUGUCUGCUUAUUCGCAGACUCUGGUCAAUCCUACUCAGUGUAUCACAGUCGGCCUCCUUGUUCUCAUGUUUGGUCUGCUCGUCAGAGAAGGUUUUAUAUCUUUGUAAUCUUUUUUGUGCUAUAUAUCAAUGUAAAUUUUAUACCCA